UUUUAUAAUUGUUAUAGUAAACGCUUUAAUUCAAACGAAAUUGUAAAUAGAAUAAAAAAUGAAGUUCCUGUGAAUAUUGAAAUAAAUAUUAUAAAAGACGUGAUGGAUAUGUUUGAAGAAAGUUUUCGACAGAAAAAAAUGCAAUUAAAUAAUACGAACAUUGAAUUGAAUAAUACUGACCAAGAAAAAUGGACUAUAAGAGAUCAAUUUUGUUGUCAAGUGUGGAAAUUUUCACAUGAUCAUGACUUUUCAAAAGUUUUUCAACAUUAUCCGUAUAUUAUAAAUUCAAUUAAACCUCAUAAUUGUUCUUACAUUAAUGAAGCUAAAAGUAUUAAAAAUGAAAAAGAUAAUAGAGCAGAUAUGCAAAAUUAUGAAAAUAUUCAGAAGCUUUCAGAAGAAAUUGCUAUUUUAACGAAAAAAAUACUUACUAUUAAUAUUAAUAGAAAUACACAAGAGAUAACAAUAAAAAAUUUGUCCAUAAAAUUAGAACAACUAAAAUUAUUUUCAGAAGGAAUGAUAGAACUUCUUAGGUUAAUAUCUACUACUGAAAAUUUAAGUGAUAAUAAAAAAUGUAAAAAUAAUGAUUUAGAAUGCAAAAAUAACAACUUGAUAGCUCGUGCAAAUAAAGAUAAUAUGCUGACAUUUACUACGGCAAAAAAACUUCUUGAGCAAUUCAAGUCACGUUCACCUGUUUUAACUAAAAACAGUAAUACAACAUCAAAAACAAUGGCUGUAAAUAAUAACACAAUAGAAAAUUUCAUUGAAUAUGAUAAAAAAGAAUUAAAAACCAAAUUUUCAUUAAAAAUACAAAGUAAUAUAUCUAUAAAGUUUGAGCAAAAUCGACGUCUUAAAGAAAAAGGGAAAAAAUGUUAAUAUAUCUUCCUUACAUUAAACUUUUGAAAUAUUUCUGAUAAUUAUAUAUCUUUAUAUUUUUUAAUUAUUGUAUAAUUGUUAUUCCACACAAAAAAUAAUUAAAAGUUUAAUUACAAUAAUUCAUAAGAUAAUGCCAUUUAUCCAGUCCUAUAAAAUUUUUCUUAAACAAUCAAAACAGUAAUUGAAAUGUGACAGUGCAUUUAAUAUACAUCCUGUAUAAUAAAAAGUAUGUAAAAAAUAAGGCAUUUACUACAUAGUAUAUUUAUAUAUUUAGAAAUAUUUAUACAGGAUUCUAUAUGAUUAUAUAAUAUACACUGAAUUACAUUUUUUAAAUUAUACACAUAAUAUUGCGCCCAACAUACCAUCCAACACAAUUUGAGAAUAGCCAUAUUCUCUAUCACCAAACAGCAUUUAAACUAGCGACUUCUAAUCCAUAGGUUUUUGUUACUUAUUUAUUUUAAAACUGUUAAACAGUUUAUCACAACAAAUUGUAUUGUAGUAUUAAUAUUGGCAAUAUACACGUGUAUCUGUAAUACAUGCAGGUCCUUACAAUUUUCAUUAAAUUUGAGUUUAUGUUAAUUAAAUGCUUGUUAAAACAAUAUUACAUAAUAUCUACAUAAAUAUUUGUGCUUUAAUAUUAAUUUAUUUGAUAUUAGUAAUAUAAAUUACCUUCCUUUAAAGAAUUUUAACUGAAUAAUUAGAGUAAAUAAUGCAAUUAAAUUGGUUUAUAAAAAUUAUAGUUAAAGA